AUAAAUGUAGUUUUAACUCUAUCUUGUUGUUUGUGGAAUGAUCUGCUCUGUUGAUGUAAGUCACCACUAAAAUUAGUCAAAUAUUUCAGUUUUAUUAUUUUUUUGGUUUGCCUAUAUUUGUGCAUGUGUUUGUUUUGUUGAUUAUGGCUGAUUUUUUAUGUGCAUGGUUGCUCACACAAACAUGCUACUUUUUUGUUUGAAACAUGGAAUAGAGUACUAAGGACAAUGAAUGAGAUAGUGCGUGAGGAGACUUCAACCACAAAGAACUUUCAUCAGCGUAAAAAAAGGCAUUCGCAAAGGAUUCAGAGUAGUAGAACAUUGUAUUCAAAUGACGAGAGCAUGAUAGAUACUAAUAAGUUUAAAUUUUAUUUUGAGCAUCUAUGGAAAAAUUUAUCUGAAGAAAAUAGGAGGUCUUCUAUAUGUCUUGAUUCUUUAUGGUUUUCUAUGUACAAGAGCAAGGUGACAAAGGACAAGGUGCUCAAGUGGAUCAAAAUGAAGAAGAUACUUAAAAAAAAAUAUGUGUUUAUUCCCAUUGUUUGUUGGGGACACUGGAGCCUUCUUAUCCUUUGCAACUUUUGUGAAAAUAGGCAACCAAACAUUGAGAAGCCUUUCAUGUUACUAUUAGAUUCACUUCAUCAAGCAAAUCCAAAGAGGUUGGAGCCAGAUAUAAGAAGAUUUGUAUUGGACAUUUGUCGAACUGAGGCAAGAGAUGAGAAUAAAGAGGCUAUAUCCAAGAUUCCUCUUCUUAUUUUAUUGCAGGAAAAGUAUUGACAAAGGAGUGGGACACAAAUUUGCAUGGAUUUCUUUUAUGAUACAAGUGGUAGAGACAAGUUAGCAUUUAUACUUUGGUCUUUUGAUGCUUUUGUAUUUGGAUGGUAACUUAGUUUUUGGAAUGAUUGUAGACCAAAUGGUUCUAUUGAACAUGUUACUUUUGGAUACCUUUGAAUUCAAUAUUUAUAUUAACAAUGAAUUAUUA